ACAUAUACAUAUAUAUUAUAAUAUAUACCAAUUUAGAAUUAAAAAAAAUUAUAUAAAAAUAAUUAAAAACAAAAAUCCGCGUGGUUGCGUGGAUCGAGAUCUAGUUUGUUUAUCACGGGAACAGAUGCUUGUCAUGUGCACAUUAUCUUAAAUCUCAUCUCAAUAUGUGAAUUCGUUCAUUAGAUAUAUAAAUAGUUAUCUGUUUUUUCUGCUAAUGUGCGGGAUCAAAUUUCAUCCCAGCAUAUAGCUGAAAGUCGAUGUAAAAUUAAUAUUUUGGUUGCGUAACCUAUAAAGAUUCUACUAUAAAGGCCUAGCUAGCAUUACUCAUCAAAAUACUUUUCAUAUUGCAACAAUAAUGUUAUUAUAUAUUUCUUAAUACAGUGAGCUGACGAAACAAAAUUGAAUUACUAGAGACUGAUGAAAUAGACCACUUAUAAUUUACAAAUCACUGUACUAGUCCUAAAGAUCAGAUAUGAUAUAAUAAUCGUCAUCAAUCUCAAACUUACACAUAUACACAUACAUAAGGUAGUCUCAGCAUGAGAAGUUCUUUUUUACAGUAUUUGGAACAGUAGUGAAGUGUAUUUUUGAUGAUGAUAUCAUGAUCAUAAUAACGAUGAUUGGACGUGAUCAUAAUACACUAUAGGAAACUAGGAAUCAUACAUUUUUAAGCUCCAAAAUCAAUUCAAAAUUGAUAAACUGACUCAUAUUGUAUAUAUUAUGCUAGAAGCAUCUCUACUUCUAAUGCGUGAGAUAUUCUAAUAUCAGGUCCAUGUUGGAAUAUUAAUCAAUUGGUUUUAUUUUAAGAAUCAUGGGUUUCCACCUUAAUAUAAUUGAUAGUAAAUUGAAAAAUGUCAUUUCUAUAUAGUUGUACAUAGGAGAUAAUCUAACAUGAAUGAUUCUAAGGGGAAGAAGAUAGAGUGUUUUCACCGUGAGUUCCAAAGUAGACAAAACUAAGAGCAUCUUUAUCGGGGAUAUUUAGGUGGAUUUUCAGGGGGAAAAAGUGGGGUGAGUCCUACAAAAUGGGAAGAAACGUGGUUUCCUGUUGCGAAAUAAAAGAUGUUUGUUUGUGGGUUUUUUACACUGUUUUGCGGGGUCCACGACACGUGACGGCCUGCAAUUGGUUCUUUUUUUUUUUUUAAACAGGUAAAAAAAAUAAUUUAAGAAACGGAAUUGGGUUUCCGCGAUGCUGAUGCUCUAAGGGCAUGAUUAACUCCGGUCUCUUAGCCGGGGUUCUUAACUCAUGAUUUGACACUUUUUGGUUUUUUUUUUUUUUAUACUUUUCGGAUAAAAUACGACUCUUAUAUUUCUUAUUUAAGAGACGGUUCUUAGUUUUUCUUAGUUAAAAUCUAAGAAAAGUUAAGAACCGUCUCUUAACCGAAUCUAAGAACCCCAGUUAAGAGACUGGGGUUAAUCAUGGUCUAAAUCAAUGAUAAAAAUGAAGAUGGUGAUAACUAAUUACAUUCACAGCAUACUAUAUUAUGCUUAUAUAAGCUUCACAUACACACAUCCAUAGUGACACAGAAUCUUAAAAUAGCAUGUAAUAUAUUAGAGUUAAGGGGUAUAGUCAAGUGCAAGGACAUCAUAGGACAUAUAUAUAUAUAUAUAUACUCAUACUACGCAUACACAUACAUACACAUCUACAUAUAUAGAGAGGACCAUGUGUUGGAUCACUUGUAUAAAAAGGUGAUAAGAGAGACUAAAGUUGAUAAACUCAAUAAGAAGAGAAAAAUGGCCGAUGAAGAUAGAUUGCUACCAAUAGCCAAUGUAGGGAGACUUAUGAAGCAGAUCCUACCAUCAAAUGCAAAGAUCUCAAAAGAAGCAAAACAAACAGUUCAAGAGUGUGCAACAGAGUUCAUCAGCUUUGUUACCUGCGAAGCCUCAGACAAGUGCCACAGGGAGAAUCGAAAGACGGUGAAUGGAGACGACAUCUGGUGGGCUCUAAGUACUCUAGGCCUCGAUAACUAUGCUGACGCCGUGGGGAGGUAUCUUCACAAGUACCGUGAGGCCGAGCGAGAAAGAGCUGAAAACAACAAAAGCAGCAACGAUAGUGGAAAUGAGAGAGAACUAAACAUCACAAGUGGUUAUAGUAGAGUUUUGGAGAAAGGAAGCAGCUCUUCGGCUCGUUGAGAUGAAUCUCUGUGACCUGAAUCAUGUACUAUUAAGCCAAGAAAGUUCUAUAGAGAGAAGAAUAAGAGGAUUAUAUAAAUAAUGUUUAUGUCGAAUCUUUAUAUUACAAUGUAUAUGUUUACAUUUGCUUUAUAUUUGUACUUCCUCUACACAAAGCUAUGAGAUUUUCUUCUUCAAAGCAAAUAUUGGUUUGGUUUGAACCAGCGGAGGAUCACAUGGAUAUGGAAGUGGAGAAGAAAGCAGAAACAAGGUACUAGCUAUUAAGAUGAUUUCCUUUUUUAGGUUGAAAAGUAGCAAGCUAGUAAGAAAAGAAGAGGUUUAUGCGUAUCACAAUGCAUAAAUCGGUAUACUGAUCUAUAUACGGUAAUGUUCAUCCACAUAUGCGGUUCGAGCCUGUGGCUAAUGUAAACCAAAGAUAAAGGAGCAGUGAGACAUGACCAUUUUUAAUGAGUUAUUAUUAGAAAUAGGAUUCUUGGUGGUUCUGGUGAAGUCAUAACGUAAUUAGUUCACAUUAAUGGACAACUGAACACAUAAGAAAAUAAAAUUCAAAUUAAGUUCAAGUCAAUAUUUCUUCUUUGCAAAAAAGAAGACAAAAAUAGCCAAUCAAACCUAGCACAACCAUUCGGGAGAUGAGCUUGUUUUGUUUGUUGCAAAGCUGAAUAGUCAAAAUGGGUCUAGGGUUUGCGUAUAGAGGGUAUUAGGUCCAGAAUUCAAAAAAAUAACCCCAAGAUUUUAAGGACCACCACCUCAUGGGUACACUAAACCCAAAAUUGUAUAUAUAUUUUUUCAAGAUUUGUAUAUCUUAUGACCUGCUCGCUUUAUGGUUAUCUGCAAAUCGGGUGAUUUUAAAUCAUCAAAUAAGAAAAGGAAAUAUAGAAAUAUUUCAUCAAAGAAAGAUGCAGCCUAUAGUUUAUGUAGAGUUUUCUUGGGACCACUUCUCAACUAUGUUAUGUUCUUGCUCUAAUCAACUAAAAUUGAACAAUUAACAUAUAUAAGAGAUUAGUUCGAAGAGACAAAAGCUGAUAUCACAAACAUCAAGAUCUUUAUUUAGCAAUGGCCAUACGAAGAUAGUAACAUUCCUUAGUACAUUUAAACCAUUAGUAUACCAAUGUGGUAAUACACCAUUCCUAUGUACUAAAACCUUAACAAUGUUGUAUCUGACAUUCAAGUACUUAAUGAUUCUAGGAUACAUGUUGGCUUCCACUGGCUCAAACCAUGGAAUCGCGGCAUUGAGCUCCUGCACAGGCAGGCAGGGUUGCCUUGGGAACCAUGAGCGCGAAUAUUUUAAGGUAUCCACAAGUACACACCACAUCUGAUGUGCCCAUUGAGAAGACAGAAAGAAAGAUGAAGAGGACAAGUCCAUGUGAAAUAUAAAAGCUUAUUAUGAUGAUUUGCAUACAACCAUUGCAGCAUGGACAUAAAGGAAUAUAAUAACUUAGUAUGAUGAUUUUACAUUCAGCUAUUGAUUUUUUUAAAGUUGAUGCACUUGAUACCCAUCAAGAAUUAGAUGCAGGUAUGUCAAAACUUCUUCGAGAAAAAGAAAAGAUCUAU